CUGCCUGCCUGCGCCAGGUUGAUAGCGCCAAUCAAAUGUCGUGUAGUACCAUCUCUGGCUAGCAGAAGAUAAGUCGCGAACCAGUGCUAAUUAGACCAUCUUGGUGAGUGCAUUCAAGCCCCGAAAUGAAACUCUCUCGGAGUCACGUGAUUCCGCUGUGCUGGAGUGUCCUGAUACCGGCACUCGGAAUCGGGAUCUACUUUCUGGCGUACUGGAACUGGUCGACGCUACCGGAAGGUGUAACGCUAGCUGAAGAACAGACGCACACAGAGCCGGAGUUUGUAGCUGAACGUGCUCACAACCAUCUGCGCACGUUGACCAGUCGCGGACCGCGCGUCGUCGGAAGCGCUGCGAAUGAGGUAUUCGCCGUCAACUUUUUGGUGGAGACUGUAAAUGAAAUCAUACGAGGUGCGGACACCUCGAAUCUGAUCACCGUGGAGGUUCAGGAAGCUGCGGGAAGCUACUUUCUGGACUACAAGGACUAUCCGAUCACGGGCUAUUACCGAGAUGUUCAGAACGUAGUGGUAACGCUGAGAAAGCGAUCCGAUAGGCAGUUUAGCGGGCGAUACCUGCUGCUGAACGCUCACUUUGACAGUGCGGUGACGAGUCCCGGCGCCGGUGAUGACGGAACCAUGACCGUGGUCAUGCUGGAAGUCCUACGCCAAAUGUCCAAGUACGACCUACCCCUUCAACAUGGGAUUAUCUUCCUGUUUAACGGCUGCGAAGAAAACAUGAUGCAGGGAGCUCACGGAUUCGUCACCGGACAUCGGCUAGCAGCGAACGUGUCGGCCUUCAUCAACCUGGACGUGGCCGCCAACGGAGGUCGCGAGAUCAUGUUCCAGUCUGGGCCAGACUUCCCCUUUCUGAUGAACUAUUACCAACGGUACGCGAAGCGUCCGUACGCCAACUCGCUGGGCGAGGAAGUCUUCCAGCUGGGAUUGGUUCCGUCUUUCACGGACUUUGAAACCCUGUCCCAGGUUGGGAACUGGCCCGGCAUGGACUUUGCCUUGGCGUCCUACGGAUACCUGUAUCACACAAAGUAUGACGCGUUCGAGACCAUUUCGGAGUCUACGCUGCAGCACAUCGGGGACAAUCUGCUCCCGCUAACGAUCGGGUUGGCGCAAGCCGAGGAACUGUUGGACGUGGAAAAGUACCGCGAAGAUUCGCCGACGUUCUUCGACUUUAUGCACCUGUUCAAGAUCACGUACAAGCGAGCUGUAGCGUACGCCGUAAAUUGCACCGUGGGGAUUGUCGGACUGGGCUUGAUCGUUGGAACGGUUGUGAUGAUGGUCCGGAUGGAGGGAGCCAAUUUGGGGCAGAUUCUAAUGGAAUGCGGUUUGUCGUUGAUCGUACAAACUUCGUCGAUUGUGGUGGGAGCAGGUGUUAGUUUGGUUGUGGCGGUGAUCGUUGAUGCUGUUGGACGAUCAAUGUCUUGGUUUACCUCUACUUGGUUACUGUUUGGACUGUACUUUGUACCUUUUAUUGCCUGUCUGGUUUUAGGUCCGUGGCUGUACAUCAGGUUCCGGAGAGUUGACUUUCUCAACAACCAAGGUCGCGUGCUGCUCUUCCUACACGCACAGUGCUUCAUCUACAUUGCCCUGCUGCUAACCUUCACCAUCGGAGGUAUCCGCUCGGCGUACCUCCUCUUAUUCCCGAUCAUCUUUCACUCCCUAACGACCCUAAUCAACAUGGCCAUCAAGUUCAAGCUCAACUUCUGGAUCUACGUUCACCUCACCGGCCAGCUGAUCCCGUUGAUCUACUUCUGCUCACUGACCACGACGGUGUUUGCCGUGUUUAUUCCGAUGACCGGCCGCGGAGAUCCCACCGCCAAUCCCGACCUGAUGAUGGCGCUGUUUAGCGUGCUAAUGUCACUGUUUCUAGUCGGACUGUCGGCUCCGUUGAUCGUACUGCUGCCCAAGAUCAGGUACUUCUUCAUCGUAGCAGGCCUGCUGUUUGUUACCACGAUCGUGGUGAUGUUUACGUCCGUUGGGUUCCCGUUCCGGGAAGCUACAACGCCCCAACGGUACUACAUCUUUCACCAAGAACGCAACUUUUACGCUUACGACGGUUCACUGCGAGAUUCCGGUACAAACUUCUUCCUCUACCCGAUGGAUCGGCACACACCGGACCUACUAUUCCAGGAAGUGCCCAUUUGGAAACAAAGAUCCGCUCCCGUUGAAGAACUCUGCGACAAAGAGCUAUACUGCGGAUUCCCGUUCUACAUCAACCGGUACCACCGCCAACGCCAGCAAAGCUACUGGAUGUCCGCUCAGUCGCGACCGCACUUCCCAGUUCCGAUCAGCUUCAGCCUGACUUCGAAGCAAGACAUAACCUCAACAGUCCGAAGAUUCCGGUUCACAAUCGAAGGCCCCAACCUGAUGGGACUGUACAUUUCACCGCUCCGAGGAAACGACCUUAUUGGGUGGACAUUCAGCGAUUCGAUUCCACCCAGUGGCGUGCCCUGGAACGGACAGUCCGUGCACUACGUGAACCUCCUGCAAGCCAAGUCACGAGCUCCGUGGGAGUUUUUCUUGGACAUUGAGUCGACUACUGGGUUGAAGGACGGGCCCAUGGUUGUGAUAUCGCUUGCGGCGCACUACAUGUACCACGAGGAGCAGCACGUCGAAGAAUUUAAGAAUUUGACGCAGCAGAUGCCAGCGUACAUGAACACUGUGGCGUAUCCGAGCUUCUUGGAAAAUAGAGAGUUCUGAUUUCGACGUUGGAAACGACGCCAAUAAAGCUAGUCAUUUUUGUAACAUU